CUGUGCAGUCCAUGGCUUGGCUGAUCGUGGCGAUCGUCAAUCUGAGCGGCUUUAGCGCCUGUCCCUCAUCGCAGGCAGCGAGCCUGGCGUAUCGCGGACCUGGCAAGACCGCCCGGGCCACGCAGCCUCUGGCGCAGCUGGUUCACACUCCUGGGCCGGUGGACGACGAUGAGGCGCCCGAUGGCCGGAUCUUGCGGGUUUCGCGCGUCGCUGACGGGUCUGGUCGAGCCAUCGAGGACACGGGGCGCUCGGUGGCGUCGGUGCAGUUCAUGAUUACGCGCGCUAUGCGCGAGGAGCUGGUUGCGCUGGGCUUCAGCUCCGCUCAGGUGGACGCCAUGGAGCCGUCUCGCGCUGGAGCCAUCCUCGCAAAGCGCACACCGUCAAAGCAGGCGCAGCGCAAGCCAAAGCGGAAGCAGUCGCGGUUUGAGCUGCAGUUCACUUGCAACCAGUGCGGCUGCCGGAACUCGCACUCUAUCUCGCACCACGCGUACACCCGCGGGACCGUGAUCGUGACGUGCCCUGGCUGCCAGUCCUCGCACCUGAUUGCGGACCACCUCAACUACAUCGAGAACGACUUCCAAACCCUGGAGACCUACAUGCAGCAGCGCGGGUCGCCAGUCACCCGCCUCGUCACCGACGGCAGGGCCGCCGCCGCCGUCACGGAGGACGCCGCCGCUGAGGUGGGCGCGAGGGAUGGGGAUGGGAAGGAGCAGGUGGUCGCGCCGCUUGACGGGAUCUCCCCCGAGCAAGCGAGGCGCAUUCGCGAGGCAGUGCGCGGCCGCAAGCGCCGGAGGCAGUGCGAGGACGGCGCGGGCGACGCAGGCGGCCGCUAGUAGCUGCGGUCGACUGCACGGAGCUCUGGUGCCUGCCUCACGUGUCUUUGGUUUGUAGGGGCGAGGGGAGAGGCUUCCGGACUCUCUUUCUGCCCCUGCCGCGAGUGUUAAUUAUUCAAAUAAAAGUUAAAACGG